AAUACACACGUGUGCAUUGAUAAUUAAAUAAAGCGAAUGUAAUAUUGAAAAAUUUAUAUUCCCAUCUUGUCAGAAAGUAUUGUUUCGAUUUUCUGGAACAAAGUCCUACUUGCAGAAUUCUGAUUUUUAAAGACGAGAAGAGCAACCAGUUAAUACAUUUCCACUUCUUCUUUCUCUGUGGAAACAGAAAAGUUACUUAAAAAUGGACGCACUUCAUUUAAGUAAUGCUCUAUCAACUGUUCAGGUUAUACCAAUUUUCAAUUACCUGACAAUACUAAGCGACUUUUUAUUCCUGGGAGAUUAUCUAUCAGAAGUUGAUCAAUAUAAACCCAUUCCAGUCGUUAAUGGACUUUACCGGUAUUUCACGGAGAAUCGUUCUAAUCAAAACAAGACAAUACGAUUGAUUAGAAAGUUAAUACAAGGCAGUGAUCUCUAUGGUGAGCAAGAAAAUGAAGAACCUGAUGAAAUAUUUGUUACCACAUUGUUUGACCACAUAAUCAGUUCUCUAGUGUUUGCGAAAUAUGGAAACAUUUACGGUUUUUUGGCCGACACUAUUCGUCGGGCAGAAGAUUUAAAAUUUGAUUCAAUUCUAGAAAGGAUAGAAGAGAAUCUUCAGAAUGCAAAAUUUGAAAAUGAAUACGGCACAAGCUCGAAACUUAGCCCAUUAUCGGUGUAUCGAAUAUUUAGGGACAUGAUAUUACCACUAUUUCCUCAACCCCUAUAUAAUAUCAAUGUCCUAUCACUUGAUUAUCUUUACUCACUAGCUGGUUCAGCAUACCUUCGACUUGGUAGAUUAAAUUCCACGUACUAUUCAAAUUUCAAACAAUUUAAUUCAAGUCAAUCAAUUAAUCGCAUCUUAUUUGAGGAAUACUUGUCAAUAGGAUACAUAGUAGAGAAACUUUACUACGAAAAAAUUGAUCUUAUUGCUUUAAAAGUAUUUGCUCUUCCAGCACUGAUUCACUACACUUUCACAGAUGUGAAUAGUAAAUCAGAAAAGAUAACAAAUAUAAUAUUUAAUCCGAAACAUUUGGAGAGAGCGUACAAUGUUUUUUUCGAAUACCUCAAAUUUGCUUACAACACAAUUGACAAUCAAUUGCAAACCGAUUACACCUAUAGAAUACAUCGAGCAUUUUCAAAUUUUAUAAGUCGAGCAAAAUAUGCGAAAUUAGUUUUGGAUUAUAGUUGUAGAUUUCUAAAUAGUCCUUAUCGUGAAUCAAGAAUUCCUGUCUAUCUCGAAUUUGUCGAACAUUUUGAAUGCAGAAUGGGUGAUGUUUUACCGAACAUAAACGAUUGGUUCAUGGAAGAAAUUGACGCAUUUGGUGAACUAUACGAAAAAUACGAUUACGAAAUGAUGCAACAAUUAUUUAACAAUUCAUUAACAGAUGACGUUAGUAAUAUUGUGAUAAAAUUGGUAAUCACCAAUGACAAGGUAAUAAAUGAAGAUUUUGACACAUCACAACAUUUCUCUUACGAUUUACUCGAAUUUCAUAACUCCAUUACAAAUAUCAUCGAGUAUUAUGCUAUAGUUCGGGAAAAUUAUACCGCAACAUUAAUUAGAGAAUCUGAUGAUCCAAAACAUUUCCAAACAAUAGUUGGUCCUUUAAAAGACAAUUAUUUACAAUCAUCAGAACGUAUCCUCUUGAAGUUUAUCAAUGACAGUAUAGAAAACCUUUGCCAAAAAUUAACGAAUUACAAAAAAGAACGUUUUAUGUCCUACUUGAAUUAUUCUGACAACAGUCAAGAAAAAAGUAAAUGGUGGAAGGAAUUCGGUUUCUCAUUUGUCCCCCUCUAUCCAUGUUUAUCAGACAUCAAUCAUUACAGCGAAGUGGGAAAAAAAUUAUGCGAAGAGGAAAAUAUAAAAUUCUUGAAUAAACAUCCCGAGAUAAUAUCAACAGAUCUAAUAAGCAAAAAUACACUAAAAAUUCUCAACUCAUUUAAUACAAAUGUUGAAUCUUUAUUCUUGAGGGACACCCUACAUUCCCACGUUGGUGCCCUAAAAGUAUCAAGUUCCAAGACAACAAUAGAAUACCAAUUAUCAAAGCAUAACUUUUUUGAAAGAUUAUCAUUGUUCAUGGAAACACCAAAAUACGAGAGUCUAUGGUUUACUGAAGAUGAAAUAAAAUUUAUUAUAAAAAUCAUAAAUUACUCGGAGGCAGAAAUUAAGAAAACGUUCAAAUACGUCAAAUAUGCUUUGUAUAAACUGUUAAUAUUGAAAAGAAUAUAUAUCAUCAGUGCUGAUGAUAAAUCCAAGGGAAAUGAAUCCGUAUUUAUCAGAAGUUGGAAUGGUCUCACCGGUUAUGGAUACAAAUUUACAAUUGCUAACGAGGCCACAAAUGAGACUGCAAUAGCGCCUUUGAUAAUUGGUUACGAAUUCAAAGAAGACCAGGAAGAUCUCCUACCCCUACGGAAUUCAUCAAUAAAUAAAAAAACUUUCAUUAAAUUUAAAAAUAAUCUCGUCAAAUGCAACGCUGAUGAUCUUCUAUGCAAAAUUACCUACCGUCCAAGAAAUAUAACCACAAUUUCGUUUCAGAGUAUUUGGAAUUACGUUCACAAUGACGAUAAAUGUAACAAUGAACACUAUUUAGAAGAAAGGAGGAAAUCUAAAGUUUGCCUAAGACACAAGACCUUGAUCCAAAAGAUUGAAAACGAUACCACGAUAUUAAAUGAAGUAUUAAAAAAUACAACUAACAGAAAUUCUACACUUGAAAAUGAAAUAAGAAAAAUGUUAAAAAUGUACACAUUUCCAAAUAAAACAUCAUCAAUCUAUUUUCUAACCAACUGGUUAAAAGACAAACAAUUUGUAAACUCCGACUGGAAUAAAGAUAAUGUUGCUGACAAUACAGGUUUAUUGAAUUAUCUACUCACUGGUAUAUCUAUGGACAAGAGAUAUAUAACAAAUUCAGAAGCCGAAUACAGAAUCAGUUCCAUUUACAAUUAUAGAGAACGAUCUAAAAUUGAAGGUGAAAGACCUUUAAAGGAAAUAGUUAAAGAUUAUGAACUUCAAAAAGCGGAGUACUCAGUUACUUUUGAAGAUUACUAUGCUAUAAGAAAUUACGCCACAACCGGAUACAGGAGAAUUCAUCGCGACACCCCUGAGGCGAAAUUAAUGAAACUCGCAUUAUAUAAAUUAGCACUGAGACAAUCAAACGAUUUUGACGAGGAAUAUGAUAUGAAAUUAUACGGUUUUGAUUCGAUACCUACAAAUAUUUUUAAGAAACAAUUCAUAAAGGAUAAUUCAGUGACUAUGGAUUUGGGUAAAAAUGUUACAUUGCAAAAAUUUUUAUUAACAAUGGCACAUGAGGAGUCGGCAUUGCAAUUUGCCAGACCACCAUUAGAUGGAUUUAGAAAUGUUUUGUUUGAAGUGAAAUUUUUUAGUUCUUAUUUGAGGGCUAAAAUUGAUGUUCUCGUUAAAUCAACAAGAACCAUUAGAGAGAAGAGAAUGAUUAUUUUACCUGGUAAUAAAUUUUUUGUUGAAAGAAUUAUAUUGGUAAUUAGUGGCAAAGUGGGUAUAUAUUUUAAAGUCGUGUUAACUUCUACAUCGAAUGAUCAUAGCAAAUUUGAAUUGUGUAAAAAUGUAAUGAGAGAAAUAGCCAGAAUUACCAAUUUGAAUUGAUGGAACGUAUUUCUGAAAUUGUAUCGUUUGUCAUUCAUAUUACUUUUAAAUUUAUGUCAAGAAAAGCUUACUAACUUCAUUAUAAAUAAUAUUAAUAAUAAUUAUAAUCACUGGAAAGUGGCAUAUGACAAAUUUUUUCAAAACGUAGAGGAAGUUUUUGUGAAAAUUGAAACCCAAUUAUCAAAUGACUAUACAUACAAAAUGCAUCAAUCUUUUUCGUAUUUUCAAAAUCGUCCCCUAAUUACACCAUUUGUUUUGAAUUCAUCUUGCGGUCACCUAGAGGAUUCAGUGAGGAAUAAUUUACUCCCUUACUAUAUGCAUUAUGUCGAGGAAUUUCAAUGCAAAGACGGUGAAAUAUUACCAAACAUAAACGCAUGGUUCCUGAGCCAAAUUAAAAAUGUUGGUAAUGUAUACGAAACUUUUGAUUUAAACAUAUUCAGUAAUUUUCUUAAUAAAUCGCCAAUAGGAAAACUUCGCGGUGUUAUUGUUAUUUCGUGAAUUCAGACUGGACUAAAAAGAAUAUAAAACUUAAGUCUCAACUUUUGUACAAACUAUUAUAUGAAGUAUACUUGAAUACUAGAUUCAUCUC